GCGUCGCGUGUCGUCGCCGAGAACUCGGUCGUGAGGCGAGCGCGAGCGCAGCGGUUUUCUGGGGUAAAGGGAGUAGCAAAGCAAACCUCUCGGGGGGCCUGCAGGUCCAGCGGGGGAUCACGUGACCCAUGUGUUUACCAAAAUGGUGAAUGUCCGUGGUGCGAUACGAACGGCACUGCGUUCCGUCCGCACGGGAGCGGCCGCGGGGCGCUCGGAUGCGUAAAUAGCCGCGAUCAGCUGUGCUACGUGCGCGGAGCGGAUCGGAGCAGAGAGAGAGAGAGAGAGAGAUAGAGAGCGCACGCAGUGCUUCGGCGUUCCGCGAUCGUACGGCGUCGUCGUCCCGACCCCGUCUCUCGACACGGCGUCGCGCGUCGCGUCCCGGACGAGUCGAUCAUCGCCGUCGUCGUCGUCGUCGUCGUCGACGGCGGCCCCGUUUCUCGCCUCGUCCUCCGCGGCUGCUGGCAUUGUCGCCGCCGCGCGACGCGUCGCUUGCGGGCGAAAGUUGGAAAGUGGAUGCGAUCGCGGGAGAUGCCAAGACCCGACGCGGAGGCGGUCACGGUACGACGGUCGCUUCCUAGCCGCGCGAUGCUGUUACGCUAGACGCGAGCCUCCCGCGAUGUCGUUCGUUCGUUCGUCGUUCGUCUCGUUGCGCCCCGAGCUUGUCCUCGAUUCGCGCGCCGUCCGUACCGUAAGCUCACGCUAGAAUCUUUAUUUCCUUACAUUGCACCGCUAAGAGGGUGACCCGAGGCUUCCACAGGCCUAAUUCCAUUCGCCAAUAAUGCUGAACUCGAGGGACACCAGUAGCAGAUGAUCUCUGAUAGGUUAGUGCGAGUAAAAAGCACUUCAACAACGGACAUCUAAAUGUCAGGAGGUGUCCUCGCAUAGCGCUGAGUGCUGCGGCCAGGCAUUCUUAAACAUGGCCACGUAUCAAGUCGACUACCAGUGGGCUUACUCUAUAAUGGAUUCAUCCAGGAUAUCCACUUUCCUAAUAUCAAUUCUACUGAUAGUUUACGGUAGUUUCCGAUCUCUAAACAUGGAGCAGGAGGCGAGGGAAAGAGAGAAGGAGAAGGAACGUAGUAAUUUAUUGACUGGGAUUACGAGUAACAGCAGCGCCGGCAGCCCGGACGGCGCUAACGGAGGAAGAGUCCAAACUCUCGAUACGAUGCACGCUCUCUGUCUACCUCUCGGUGCUUCCAUUUCUCUACUCGUCAUGUUUUUCUUUUUCGACAGUAUGCAGAUGCUUCUUGCAAUUUGUACAGCCAUUAUAGCCACAGUUGCAUUGGCGUUUCUUUUAUUGCCCAUGUGUCAGUAUAUCAUUAGACCGUGUUCUGAUGGUAAUAAAAUAUCUUUCGGCGUCUGCGGGAGAUUUACGGGUGCCGAGUUACUCUCGUUUUCGCUCAGUGUGAGUAUAGUAUGCAUCUGGGUCUUGACCGGACACUGGCUGCUGAUGGACGCAAUGGGUAUGGGCCUGUGCGUGGCAUUUAUCGCAUUUGUUCGACUACCUAGUCUCAAGGUAUCCACAUUGUUGUUAACCGGACUGCUGAUUUACGAUGUCUUCUGGGUUUUCUUUUCGUCCUACAUAUUCAGCACAAACGUAAUGGUUAAGGUAGCAACUAGGCCUGCAGAUAAUCCAGUGAGUCUCGUGGCUAGAAGAUUACAUUUAGGUGGCGUGGCAAGAGCCGCGCCGAAACUACCUUUACCUGGAAAAUUGGUAUUCCCAUCGAUGCAUCAAGCGGGACAUUUUUCAAUGUUGGGCCUCGGCGACGUUGUCAUGCCGGGUCUCCUGCUCUGUUUUGUUCUGCGAUACGACGCAUACAAAAAGACUCAGCUGUUGCCCGGCGGCUGCGAAACUGGAGUACCGCCGCCGCGCCAUUUCAGCCGAAUUAGCUAUUUUCAUUGCUCCUUGAUCGGUUAUUUUCUUGGUCUACUUACCGCCACUGUAAGCUCUGAGGUGUUCAAAGCUGCGCAGCCUGCCUUACUGUACCUUGUGCCCUUCACUUUGUUGCCGUUGCUCACGAUGGCGUAUUUGAAGGGAGAUUUGCGUCGAAUGUGGAGUGAACCAUUCAUAUCUCAGCAACCUUCUAAACAUAUGGACGUUUGACAAGAGUCAUGGGUCUCUGUAUAUUGUGUUGUAUUGGAGGCAAAAUUCUUGCAUGAUAUUCAUCGUCAUAUAACUUCACAUUCUUAUUUUCAUCAAUGUCAUUUAAUGUAAGUAAUUUUUUCUACACAUACACACAUGUGCGCAAUUCAUUCGCAUUCUUUUUCAAAGUCAAUAUGACAUACAGAGAAUGAAUCAGAUCUUAAGGAUCAAUAUGAUUAUUUGCGAUGCAAAAAUACAUGUAAAAAAAAUACAUUAUACCGCAUAAAUAAUUUAACUGUAAUAUAAUGUCACGGAUGUAAUGUUAGCGAUGCAAAGAACUUUUUACCGAAACAAUAGAGAACAAAACAAAGUCUCUGAGAAUAUUUCUAGAAUGCCAAAUGGACGUAUACUAUUGGCAUUCUUUCUGUGUCUUAACUUGAUGUCGAGUAUAUGAAUAGAUAUUGUGCACAGUAGAUAAUCGCAACCGAUAAUUAUCGUCAUUUUCAAGCUACUAAGUAGUAACUAAAGACUAUGUAUCAUAUGGUUAAUUUAACAAACGAACAAAGGAAGAUCUUUUACUUAUACUGUAGAGUCAUCGUAAGAAAUAACAUAUUCUCGAAAAAUAUUUACUUUUAAUCGAACAAAGCAUAGAAAACUCAAUAUUAAAGUACCAUAAAAUUUAAUUACAAAUGACUAGAAAGACUCGUCGCAGAAUACUAUUUUGGUUUCACUAUAUUCAAUCAGAAUCGAAUUACUUGCGAAUGUGUAGCUAUGAAUAGGAUAAUUUAUAAACUGUUUGAAUAUUUAGAUAAGAAUCCAAUACACAUAUACGUGUAGGUUGUGACUUUGUUUUAAAGUUGGUUUAACGCUGAGCAAGGUAUCUAGUAAUAUUAAAAAAUAAUUGUAUAUAUUUAUUAUCAUUUUCGUAAAACUUUUAAGGGGGCACAACGUUUGGCGAUUUGCGAUAAUCAAUAGCACGCUUUUCGAUACCGUGUUUUGUUUUGCUACUCGUUUGUUAAGAAGUCGUCUAUUUCGGAAGUAUAGUUCAUUGUCAUUCUCCAUGCGUAAGUAGAAGAUGAAGUAUGGAACUCUGCGCGUUGUUAAAGAUAAUUACAAGAAGGUGUAAACAAAAAAAAGCUUUCUAAACAAGCUCUUGCUAUGGAUAGGCUCUCAGAAAGACUUUAUACGUUUAUUUAAGGACAAGACUGAAGAUAAUAUGUAUGAAAACCAAUUUAUUAAGUAACUCUUCUGAAAAAGAUAAACAAGUUUUUCCAUUCUACCAUUCUCUUAGAUCAAUUCUAUAAUAUCAUAGAGAUUAAUGAAAAAUAACAUAACACAUAUUCUAAUAUAAUAGUAUUAUACUAUGUAUCUAAGAGAGAUGGAAUUACAACUGCUUUCAUA